UUUGUGUUAAAUAUUUGGAUAAUUUUUGAAGAUGAACUUAUUGUUGUUUGUAAAUUUGAUUCUAUUCGUCAAUGUGAUUUGCGAUUUAGUACCAGAAAGUAAUGAAAAUGAUUUCGACCCUAUCAUAUAUUAUCUAUUGAAUGGAAAUGAAACAGAAAUUUCGGGAUUCUAUGACACAGAAAAUGAUUUAAACAUCGGUGGAGAACCGGUAUUUUCUGAUGGGAUGUGGAAGUGUGGAACAUGUGAAAAUAUCAAUGAAAGACAGCUAAUGUACAGUGAAACUAACGAAGUUGAUACAAAUAUUGUUGAUGAAGAUUUUGUACAAGUACAAGUUGGACUUUCGUUCGAUAAAAUGAGGUGUAUCACAAUCGAGUCAGAUCAGGAGUGUACAGUCGCGCGGGCGGCUGGCGAUUGCACGGGGCCGAGCGUAACACUGAUCGUUGCUGACUCUCAACGCUUUAUUGUUCGGGUCUUCGGAGAGUAACGCUAUUUGGAUUAUAAUGUGUUUUUUAAAUGACUAAAUUUACUUAAUUUUAUCUUCUUUUGUUUAAUUUAUUUGUGUGACAUUUACACCAUAGUACACGAGUAUUACCGAAUGUGUAUUGAUAAGUAACCGUGGGUUUCUGAGAUCAAAUUCGCUAUAUAAAACAUGUCAUCCCUGUCAUCUUUGACAAAACAGGGAUCACAAUAUCCAAUACCACAUUCUACAACUACCUGAUGUUAGAUUUCCUCAAUAUUUUAGCUUACAAAAUUAAGUAUAUUGAUGCAACUAUUUAACUAAAAAAAUGUUGAUUAUUAUUAUAAUGAAUGUAGUCGGAAAGUAAACUAAACCCAGAUUUCAAUAUACCUGGUUUACAUUAUACCUGAAUUUGCCGAAAUAGCGUAGCGAUCGCUGCUUCAGAUGCGUUGUUUACCUUUAAUCGACGUAGAAGG